AUGAAUGCCUCCGCCCUCCGCAUCUCCAAGUUCGAUGCAACUAACCUCCACGCCUGGAAGCUCAAGAUGCAGAUGGUGGUGGAGGAACGGGACCUGUGGGAGGUCGUCAGCGGCGAGAUCAAGGCCGAACAGUGCGUGACUCUGUUGGACCAAGCGGCGUACAAGAGGAAGUCAAGAAAGGCGAUGGCAGUGAUCUGUCUAGCCAUGGAAGAUUCCCAGCUACCGUUGGUCCGGUCGGCAAGUGGUGCAUGCGACGCAUGGCCAAGGUUGGAAGACCACUUCGAGAAGAAGAGUCUUGCCAACAAGCUGUUCUUUCACCGUCGCUUCUUCACGACGAUGAUGGAAGAAGGCGGCGAUGUGCUCGAACACAUCAACAAGCUCAAGACGUUGGCGGAACAGCUAGAAGCGGUGGGGCUCCGGUCUGCGAGGACGAUUUGGUGA